CGCCAGCGAGCAGUCAGUCAACUUAUAGCCGCUCCAGCGAACGGACGCACCGAGAAUCGAGCUGUAGAAACUCCACGGCAAAUAAAACCCGAAAUCGAACCCAUGACUUAUAUAUAGAGUCCAACGAUUUGUUUACGUGUCGUGACGCGAGUGUGUGCGUGUGCCAGACGCAAACAGAAGAUUAAGUUUAGAAUUGAAAUAAUAAAAUAAUCAAAGGCAAUCACCAUGAUUAGCAGCACGGAUUAUCCAACGGUGGAGACCACCACUUCUGCCGAAGAGCUAUACGCGGAGUACAUAUCCGCGCCGGCCAGCAGCAUGAGUCCCGCUGCGAUUGCCGAGCACCUGCAGCAGAAUCAGAUCACCUUCGAGAUACCCAGUGCCCACGAUCUGCGACACAUCGACGCCCUCAACUCCUUCAACGCGCUGCUCCAGAGGAUUGGCAACGCGGCGGUGUCCUACGAUCCGGCUCCACCCAGCGGCUGGUCCCCGGAUGGCAGCAUCAGCACCGAGCAGCUCUCCAAGUCGGUGGUGCUGGACCUGGCCGACUUGCGGGACAGGUCCGAGGAAUCGGGCGAGUCCUCGUGGUGGAGCCAGAUCUUCGGGGAUGCCGACAUGCAUGUGAUCAUCAACUAUCUGUGGAUCGGAGUGGUCAGCUCGCUGGUCGUUCUCUCGCUGGUCUUCAUCCUCUUCAGCUGCUACUUCUACAGGAAGUUCCGCACUUGGAAAAAAUGCAACAAGGACAUACGUGCCCAGAUCCAUGCGGCCACGGACUCGUACUCCUCGCACCUGGUUGGAUGCGACGCCAGCAGACUGCUGCUGCACCAGCAGAUGCAGCAUCCGCACCAUCGGAGCAGCGAGGCUGGGUUCUACCAAAUCGAAUCGCCGCCCUGCUACACAAUCGCCACUGGACUGCCCAGCUACGAUGAGGCACUGCAUCAUCAGCCCCGGCACUUUGCCUACGGCAUGAAGUUCGUUUAUCCCUCGUUGGCGGCCGUGCAUCAUCAUCACCAUUGCAUUUCCAAUUGGGAGAAGCAGGAGCCGCUGAAUAAGCUGCAAAAGUGCAAGCUGUCAGCGGCAGUGGCAGUGGCAGUGGAGGAGGAUAAGGCCGACUCCUCAUCGUCAUCGUCCACGUCUGCAUCCACAUCCAGCAACUUGGCCGCAGCAACGCCUGCCAUUUGCAUUAACAUGCCCAAUGGGCGGCAGGAUGCGGCGCAGGAUGGGGAGGUGGAUAAUUCAGAUUCCGAUUCCGAUUCCGCAGCUGCAGUGGCAGUUGCAGUGGCACAAAGUUUACAGCCGGCGGCGCCUGCCGACGAUGAUUGCGCCUCAUUGGUCGUUGUUGUUGCCGCGUGAUUGCCCACCCAAGGGUCAGGGGUCAGGGGUUAGGGGGUCAGUCGAGGGCUUAGGGCCGGGAGCAGCAGCCCAAUUGCUUAGUCACUUGUAAAUAGUUGCAUCGUCUGCUAAUGUUGUUUGCCCCAUGUAAUAACAUAUAUCUCCGGGAAAGCACCCUCCUCCUCCCUCUAAGCAAAUUUAGUUCUCGUUUUUAGUUAUCUGUUAUAUAUUAUUGUAUUACGCAAGACUGAGUAUUAUUUAUUGUACUACAUGUGUAUAAAACCGAAUUGUCUAUCGAUUAAGCCCUAAUAUCUAAGCGAGAGUUAAAGAAAAAAUAUACAACUCGAAUGAACACAUUGCAAACUAAAUUGAAAUUUUCGUUUUCAUUUCCUUAUCAGUUCCUUUCAGUUCCGCCCAAUGCCAAAAAAUCAUAUCUAAAGUUACGCGAUUUCCACUCCCAUUGUUGACCUUGCUGCCAGUGCACGAAUCCUAAUCCCUCAGAUACCCGUACUUUGGGCUGAGCAAAUAUCAGAUGCCGUUUGGGGUUUCGUAUUUGGUUUUGUUUUGAAAUUAUGUACGUGACUUGGAUGCGGCUGGUCGAGAUUAGGUCAGCAGAAAUGCAGUGCAGCUGGGGAAUUCCAGCCGAACGUGCACUGCUGAAAGGAUUUUUCAGCAUCCGUUUUAAGUGUUACUUAAGGAUUUGGCCAAAAAGGAUUAAGUUAGAAGAGUUUGUAGAGGAAAUUAAGCUGAUUACACUGCCAUGGCCGUAGCUUUGUCUUCAGAAUGGGUCUGUUUAUUAAAUGAUAAAGACCUUUUGGCAUAAAGAAUUUGAGUUUUGUUAUCCGCUGGAUAUUCUAAAGCCCCGCUUCAAUUUCCGACACUGUAAGGCAUGGCGCUGAUUAUUUCCAACAUAAAAAUUGUUGUCCACCCUUUAGACAUUAUCAAUAACUAACAAACACAGACAGUUUCUUAAUGUUGCAGUUACUACGAUUAAAUAGAAACAUUACUAGAGUAAAACCUAAAGCUAAAGCUCACAGAAAAAACACAACCGGAAUAAAUAUUGUCGACUACGGGAAGAAGAAAGAAAGAAAUAAAAUAUGCAAAAUAUAUAAGAAAAAAUAUUAUCAAACAAAAAA